AUGGAAAGCAGCGAUGAUGAAAGAGGAUUGGAGAGGAAAGACUGCGACGGAGAGAAAGACAAACAGUUGAAAGAGCAGCUCAACUGUGAAGAAAAGGGAGUAAUUGAGCUCCAAGAGAAUGACAAGGAGAGAAGAAAAGAUUGCAGGAGAUCGGGAACAUUGUGGAGGAGUGGGUGGGCUCUAAGUGAGAGACUCGCAAUCAAUGUCUCAGGGAUGCGCUAUGAGACUCAGAUUCGCACAUUAGCACAGUUCCCUGACUCGUUGCUCGGCGAUCCCAGACGGAGGUCACGAUAUUUUGACCCUUUGCGAAAUGAACUCUUCCUCGACCGAAACCGAGCGUGCUUUGACGCUAUUUUGUACUUUUAUCAGUCUGGUGGAAGGCUGCGAAGGCCCACCAACAUACCUCUGGACAUCUUCAUGGAUGAACUACUGUUUUACGAGCUGGGGGAGGAUGUCAUCGACCGGUUUAAAGCAGACGAAGGUUUCCCAAAGGAGGAAGAAAGACUUCUGCCAAAGAAUGCCAUUCAAAGGAAACUCUGGAUGCUGUUCGAGCACCCGGAGUCAUCGUCAGGAGCUCGCAUCAUCGCCAUCAUAAGUGUGAUGGUUUAUCUGCGCAACUAUCACUCCCAUCCCAAGAAUGUCUCGGAGAACAUGCCCCUGCCGCAAAGCUUCUUCCACGAUCCAUUUUUUUUGGUGGAGACUAUGUGUAUAUGUUGGUUCUCCUUUGAGCUCUUAAUGCGAUUGGCUUCAGCUCCAAACAAGACAAACUUCUUCAAGGACGUCAUGAAUAUUAUAGAUUUCUUUGCUAUCCUGCCAUACUUUGUUACUCUCGGCACAGAGCUGGCCAAAGACAAUGAAGCCACUCAGACCACUUCCUUAGCCAUCAUCAGGGUCAUUAGGCUAGUGCGAGUCUUCAGGAUCUUCAAGCUGUCCCGUCACUCCAAAGGCCUGCAGAUUCUGGGCCAAACCCUCAGAGCCAGCAUGCGCGAAUUAGGCCUUCUCAUAUUCUUCCUGUUUAUCGGAGUCAUUCUCUUUUCCAGUUCCAUUUAUUUUGCCGAAGCUGACCACAAAAACACAACUUUUAUCAGCAUACCGCAUGGCUUUUGGUGGGCUGUGGUUACCAUGACCACAGUGGGCUACGGUGACAUGUGUCCGGACACCGUUUGGGGGAAAAUGGUGGGCUCUAUGUGUGCCAUUGCCGGCGUGUUGACCAUUUCGCUCCCAGUGCCAGUGAUAGUGUCCAACUUCAGUUAUUUCUACCACCGCGGGACUGAGUGCCAAGACCAGACAGCAUACAAUCACGUCAAGUCAUCGUUGUGGGAAGAUGAGGAGGAGGAGGAGGAGGAGGAAGAAAAGGAGCAAAAAGAGGACGAGUUUCACGACCCAGAGGCAGAGUACUACGCCAUUGAGGGCAGAUAUAGUCCUGUUAAGGGCCCGCUGCCGGACGGUCCAUGUCCGGCUGUCGAGGCAGAGUUUAAAGACGGAUCUGCAUGUAUGAGAGAACCACUGGUCACUCAAGUGUGA